CAUCGGCCCUCACUAUCCCACAAUGCCACACUAACUGGUCGCCAUGGCGCAGGGUCGGCUAAAACUGGCGGCGCGGGCCCCAGCGGGAAAGAAGCCGAAGAAUAAGCGAGGCGGAGCCGCACGGCCCCGGAAAGGAGGAAGAAUAAUCGCUCCAAAAAAGACUCAAGUAGUUCAGCAACAGAAAUUGAAGAAGAACCUGGAAGUUGCGAUAAGGAACAAGAUUGAGCACGAUGUCACUAUGAAAGCUAGCUCCAACAUGCCCAAAAAAUUGAACAUUGUCAAAGCACAACAGAAGAAGGGUAAGGCAAACAAUUAGGACGUUUACCAGCCUGGGAAGUAUCUCCGGAUAUUGGAAAGAAGCUCAACAAAGCUUGCAAAGUGAGAUCUCCAACAUACUUUGUCCCCUCGACACACUUUGAUUCAUUGAUUAAAAAAACGUUAUUUUACAUUA